AUGAUGCCUCUUGAAUUUCAAUCGAUUUCUGAAGUUGGGCCCUUGCUGCUCGGUGGUCAAUUCAGUGGCCACGUCGACGAUGUUUUUGUCCAAGAUUCGAAAGAUAACAAUCCAUUCAAUGGGAGGAUCUACCUCCGACACGGUGCCAAUCUGGUUGCCUUUAACGUGUCGUAUAUUAACAAAUCAAGCAAUUGGAAUCAACUGUGGAAUCAUCAAUUCUUUAAAGAUGCUCAACGAACAUCCUACCCUUUGCGAUCCUACCCAUGGCUGAUUACUAACACGAUGCUUGAUGACGGCAGCGAUGGGAUCGUCCUACGUAAUGAGGAUGGAAUUGGUUUCUAUCGUUUCGAUCCAAAUAAACCAGCCGCAAAACUACAAGGCCUUUCACGUGACACCAGCUUCCGUGAUCUUUACGGAUGGGGACAAAUCCAUCAGUCCGUUGUCCUCAUUGGCCGAUUCUACCGCAACACCCAGCUGGUCGGAGUCAUGAGCCGGAUAAACAACGAGGCCGGUCCAAUUGUUCAAUUUUACGCAGCUGCCAAAGACCGACUUGAAUCUCGCAAGCCGCAUCCCCUUCUCCCAUUGCAAAAAAGCAUAGCUUUGACUGUUGUCUCCAAAAUGUCCAAGGCAACCGACUUUUACAUGGCAGACAUCCAACGCAACGGACAGGACAACAUCAUCUUGCGGAAAGAAACUCAGCUAGAGAUGUAUCAGUUUGACGAAAAGUACGAACUUCAACAAGUGGCCAAAGUAUCACUGGUGGACAGUUCCGCCGGAUUAAAUGAACGAUUUUUCUUCGUCAACCUGACCGGCCGACCUUUUCGUGACAUAAUCCAUUUUACUCAAAAUGGAUUGUUUGUCUACCAACAAAACACUCCCAAUGUGACAGAAAUUCCUAUCAAGGACUACAGUCUCAUUCACUACCACGCCGCUUUUUCUGAAGCGAAUGGAUGGAUGCAAGAGUACGAUCAAUCCAUCCGUCUGGUUGAUACGAAUGGUGAUGGUCAAGAUGACUUGCUCUUCACCGGCCCAAAAGGACUGACAGUACUUGAAUUCGAUGCGAAUGAAUUCUUCUGGAGAACUCUGUUAAAUCCUUCAUCUUUGAUUGACGUUACUCAACGUUUCGCUAUCGUUGUCGGUGCUACUAAAGCCGUCAAGGUCCAAGGUGGAAACAAAGAGUCAUUUUUGCUGACGGUGGAUGAGGAAAGAAAACUUUAUUUGAACCGACUUUCGGUUAGAUAUCCAACUGAAUUACCUGAAGAUUCGGGCGAUAUCCAAACUAUUAUUCCCACUGUUAUUCCAGUUACGCAUCGUCAUUCAACUGUAGAAAUUCCAGUGCAGGUGAAACGUGUAAUUCCAGUUGCUGAGAGACCGAUACUCAGAUGGACAGAACAGCACGCUGAGCCAAUGUCCUUAACGGAUACAGUUGACCCGGUAAACGGUGCAAUCCAUUUUGAGCUACCCAUUUUCAAAUCAACCAGGUUUUACGAUGCUGUUCUUCCUCAUUCAAUUUCACUUUCGUAUGACAGCCAACGUUCGAUGGUUUCUAAUGUCGUUGGAUUAGGCUGGACCCUGUCUCUGCCGGACAAUUACAUUUCUGUUGAUGAUAGAAAUAGUAUCUUCAUCGAGGACUGGGCAUUUUACUUGACGGUGGACGGCGUUUUCUUUCGGCUUACAACAAUUUCGAGCGCAGAAGAUGUACUUUUCUUUCGGGAACCUACACUCAAGUGCGAUGUUGAAUUCCAUCAAAAAGAACAACGCUGGUCAAUUCAAACUGAAACGGAAACAUUUACCUACGGAUCCCGAGGAACGGUGCAAGCUAUUCGCUGGAACCUUCACUGGCCCCAUUGGCGAGGAUUGGGCCACGAUGUAAAAUCGCUUCAAAGAGUUCCAGUCGCCUGGUAUUUGAUCCAACGGCGGGUGAAAGCAACAGGAAGAAUAAUUACCUAUCAUUACGAUAUCGAUACCAUAGAAGAAAACAAUACCCGUUUAAAUUAUCGCUGGACAGGGGCCAUCCGGUUGAAAAAGAUCGAAUCAUCGGCCACCAUCACAUUCGAUUACGCACGGAAACAGCAAAGUGAAUAUCCAUCAUUUGAUCAUCUUCAAACUAAUCAGAGUAGCUUAGUGCUUUUUCCGGUACCGUUGAGAGAGUCGCAUUACCUGACGGGUUGCCAAAUAACAGCAGAAGACUACAGGCAGAGGCUGGAAUUCGUAUAUCAAACAGACAAGAAAAGUCGUCGAUUAUUAAAAGCCAUUGAGCAGCCAAUAAAUGCAGACGUCCGAGAAUCCAUAUUCCGAUUCAAAUACCACGCCGAAAAUUCGGAAGCUGCUGAUGUGAUACUGAAUGAAAUCCAAUUGCCAAAGGGAUUAAAAGUACAUUUUCAGCACAGCAAAAUUGAGACUGUUGUUCUGCCGGAUCCUUACCCAUCUGUAUCACAUCCGGUUGAUGAACAACCGGCCAUUGCUUACAGUCAACAGUACGCGGUUAUGGCUUUCCGACAGCGACAAUUACCCGACAAGAUUCAGCUUAAGAUUCUCGGCACAGAUUCCUUUGAAACGGUGGCGGAACUAACAGCUUUGCCAGCAACCAAGGAAAACCAAGUCCUUUCCUACGACGUACGCGCUUACGCAGAUUUCUGCCUUCUCCUCCUAAAAACAAAUCAAAAACACAAAAUGUGUUUAUUUAGUCGAAGCGUCCACGAUGGGAUACCAAAAUGGAACAAGGAUCCUACUUGCUUUCUGUUCGAUCACGGUGCUCUGAUGCGAUCCAGUGAAGCCGGAGUCGUUCUACUUGAAGAAAGAUCAGACGUCAUCAGAAUAUUAGAUUUAAACAAAAGUCUCUCCAAAUGGAACGAGCACCAAUUAAAGUUACCAUUCAGCCACGUUGUUCAGCUUGAAAUGUUCAACCACAUGGUGGUCGGCUAUGACGACCGGCAACUUUUCAUCAUCCAUCCACAAAGGUCUACUGGGCAAUGGCAGCUUCGCAAUAUUGAACAAUUGGAUGGCCUAUUUAAUAGCGGAUCGUCCAUUGUAAAAAAAUUUCGUUUACCAUCGGACGCGGAGAAAAUAUUAAUCAAAACCCUUAAAGAAGACGUACUGCAAUUGUCUAGCAACAUGAUCGCCAUUACUUCGCUACAUCUCAACGAGGAUCAGCAGCUCCUUUCGAAAAUGCGUCUUUAUCUGCUGGAUGCUCACUUUGACGUGGUGCGUCGACGAGAAUUCACCGUCCGGGGAGAACGAAUUCUAGAGCUGAGGCACCGUGUCGAACACGAAGGAACCGGAUACCAAUUGGCUUAUCAGGUAACCGAUGGGGGUUUCUUCCGCCUAAGAAUCGUUAACGUAUCUGGUAAAUUGGUUGAAGAAACGCUUUCAAAGAUUGAAAAAGAAACGAAUAGAAAUUUCAACAUGCUGGAAACCGAAUGGAAGAAAAACGUCACUCAUUGGAGGGAGAGAGAUUUCAAAAGUUACGACAAGGUAAACCUGGACCAGUUUGACGAAUGGAAAAAGAUGGCGACCGGCCAGAAAGCCAACAAUCCGAAAGAGCAGACGAAAGGUAAACAGCCAACAUGUGAUGACGUCUCAUACGCACCUUGUAACCGCUAUUGUCACGAGAUGGAAGCACUGUCUAAAAAUAAAAGGGCAAAGUUGGAUGAUGCAACACGGAUUAAAAAGAAUUGGGACGAAUGUUAUGCCGCAAACUGGAAAAAGCAAUGGGAAAGAAACAUAACGAUUGCAGGUGAACAGAACAUCUACCAGCCUAUGGGAGAACAAAAAAACAAGAUCACACAGCUGAAGAUUGAGUGGAUGAAUAAAGGCAUCGACAUUAGCAGUGGUGAAAAAGAAUCGCAAGACAUAUUGGCCAGUCUCAAUGCGAAUAAGGAGUUUCAAAACAUAUUCGACAAUUUUUUUGUAGUUAACUGGUCACUCCAUCGAGUGCUGAUGACUCCGCAAGGGCUACAGACGGGAAACGGAACAUUAAUUCAAAUGAUGGGUGACGACUGGAUCCUGCAAGAUGAAGGCAACCAAACGAAUGUCAAAGAAAACGUACCAUUUUCCAUCAGUCUUGGUAAUUCGUUCGUCUUGGAAGAAAUGGCAGUCAAUCAUCAAUCACGUAUACGCAACUGGACGCUGUAUGGGCAGGAUACCGUUGUACCUAAUCGGAAGAUUGGGCCACCGCUACAUCAGUUACAAAUCAGUCCACCGGAUAAAAUCAUUAAUCGCUAUCCAAUUUAUUUGGCUUACCAAACACCAAACAACAACACAAUAGUUGUCUCCUUUGAUGAUGACGGAAAGGUGUUGGGAAGUGUCCACACUUUUGCCAACGAACAGCUGAUGACUGAAAGCAGCUCAUACGAAAGGCUGGCGACAUUGGCGAGUCUUACAGAGAAAUCACACCCGGAGAAGAUGCAGUUUUCGACUCGAUCCUUGCGUUCCAUCAAUGACAACGUUGUAGAGAAGAAGAAUGCUGUUAAACGAAUAAAAAUGAGCAACAGUGACGUCAGCAUGCAGCGUUUUAUCGGCUAUGAAUGGGACACUAGUGGCAAAGGUCACGUUACUGUUACCGUCAUUCCUGGUAACGAUAGAAAAUUGGCCGGUUGGAUAAGACAAACGUGGACGUACGGCGAAAAAGCUUCUGGUGGAUGGACUCGAACUGCAUCAGAAAUGUUUGACGCUGGCGGACACUCGGUGCAAAAAACGAAGGGAACUGAGGAAAAUUCUGCUAAUCCACAGACGAGCGACAGCAUCUUGUGGGAUGCCACCAAGCAAAGAAUCAUUAGCGAUUUCUCACCUUUCAACAUACGCGACCAGAUGGUUUCGUAUUACGGAUUUGAACGGUACGAGGUCAACAACUCAAGUUCACCAACCCGCUGGCGAUUCGCGCAAUCCGACGUGGUGGACGGGGGAUUCUCUCUGACUGGCAGCAGCCACUUGCGACUGAAAGCCAAUAAUAAACAGUCGACACUGGAAGGUAUUUUUAUUCCGACUGAGCAGAAUAUGAAUUACUUUGCUUCUUGCUGGAUCCGACCAUCUGAUGGAGUUCAUUCCUUGGCCAGCACAAUUGAGACUCAUCAAAUCACAAAUUGUUUCAAGGCCAUUGUCAGCGCUAAUGAAACCGAGGUGGUAGGCUUGCUGGGCAGGAUUAUGCGUAAGGCAGGUGAUUGGCUCUACGUAGAAGUUGUCAUUAAUUUUGACAUAAUCAGGCGACUUUACGACGAGAGUCUCAAUUCUCUAAAAGAAGACAAGGUGAAACAAGGGAAGACAAUACCUCAAUUUGCCAUUAAGUUGAGAGUUGAAGCCGAGUUAGAAGACGGGCGGCCAGCUGAUCUGGAUGUGGAUCACAUCCGAUUCACUCCAACGACACACGACUUUAAGGCGACCGUCUACGAUCUGGAAAACGAACUGCCUGUCUCGAUAAUUGGCUCCAGUGGUUCCAUUAGCCGAACUGUCUAUUACCGCGGCCGGGAAAUGGCUGUGAUAGAAGAUGUCACUGCACUCGACGGACGACAUCGGUUGGAGCAAGUUGCAACUUCCAGUUUCACCGGCCAUUUAUUGCCGACACCGAAAGGUUUACCUUCUCAGUUUACCAAACAGCCACCAUGUCGCAUCGUUUUCUAUCCGGAAAAUGGCGGAUUGUAUGAAACUUUCGACACUUACGCAUGGCGCAGUCGCUGGAUUAUUCCACAGUCUGAAUCACGAAACGCGACGUGGACUGUCGCUCCCGGCCGUUUGAGGCACAGCCACCGGCAAACUCAUCAUCUCGUCAGUGCCGAUCCUUCGGUCCUUUUUGGAACAGAUUCAUCUUCGGCAGCCAUCCGCUGCUAUUUUUCGCUGAUCUCUUCUGACGCUCGCAUAACCUGGAAAUUGCCUAUGGGACAAGUUCGACUGUCCCGAAAAUCCACCGAAACGUUUAGCACAUUGACUUUCAUGGAAACGCACGACGAAAAAUCAACCAUUUUGACCAACUUACCCAACAACGGUGAAUUGAUCGUGUUGACGGAAGGCAGACGAUUGUUCAUUUGGAUCGACAGCGUCCUCCUCAUGGACGACGUUGUUCCCACGAAAAGCGCGUGGUCGUCGUUGAUUUUCGAGGCUGAAGGCGACAGUUUGAUCGAAGAUUGCAUCUUCAUGGGAAAUCCACGAAUGGAGAUGGAAUAUCUCAACGAAUGGGGAGAAAUGAUGCAAACCAUCCAGUUGGAAACGGAUACAUCGGUUCUGGUUUCUCAUAGCCUUUACGACGCGCUAGGUCGGCCAGCCAUCAAAACCAAACUAACGAGAAUCACGUCGGAUGGCCAAAAGCCGUUGCUGACUUACUACUCAGAUUUCGUCGCGGGCCCGAUUGAUCCAUCCAAUCCGCUCUCAGUUUGGAAGAGCCAUCGACUUCGAGGUGAAGUGGAUCGUUUGAAUGCUCUCGACAGAGGCGUUCCUUACUUUCGCGUAGAAUACGACAUCAAUCCGCUAAAUGAGAAGGUCAUCGAAGGGUUGCCGGGCCCAGCAUUCACCGUCAACGGCCCAUUCGCUAAGAAAACGCGGACGUUGUACAACCCCAAAGACAACAAAAUCGACGUCGUAGAUAACCAUUUCCCAACAAGUCUAGGAUUCCGGCACAAGGUCGAAGAAUUGGCAAACGGAACAAAAAAAGUGGCCGUCCUGGAUGAAAAGGAAAACAGAAUUGCUUUAUACGUUUACGUUCCAGGCUAUGAUCAUUUGUUAAGUACUUACGAAUACGAUUCCAAGAAACGGCUCAUCAAAAUGCUUCCGCCCAUUUACCACUUCCACGCCAAUACAUUGAUGAAAGCCGGUCCGUUGUCGCCGACGACACGGACAAAAGCAAACAGCCAGCACCUAUCGACGGAUGAGAUCCGAUGGCAGCAAAUAUUCGGAACUUUCAUGAGCUAUGACGACGAAACUGACCGUCUCAUCAGCAAAACAACACCUGAUACAGGUACAUUCAAUUAUUAUUAUAAUAGAGCCGGGCAGGUCCGUCUGGAGGUCCAUUCAAGAACCGAAGAAACUGACAAGAUCGACAGCGUCGUGUUUUACGAGUACGAUGUCGACGGUGGAACUGUUACCCGCACCGGAUAUCUGGAACAAAUGCCUAUGUCGCGGGAAAAAUUCCGCAAAUCAUUAGCUGAAGGAACACUGAUGAAUGCCAAAUCUUACCAGUUCAUCGACAGAGCAGACAAGGAGCAACGUCAUUACGAUCCCUCUCUGUCGAGGGAUGAACGUAACGCAACGUUCGUGACGAAAAACUCAAAUUACGGCAUUGUGGAAGAAAUGCGCUGGGACAGCCAAGAUCGUCUAGUAGAAUUGAAACAAAUUGUACCUGACGGGCAUCAUACCGACUGGCAAAUCCGCAAAACAUAUUAUCCGCACAGCAACCGACUACGAUCCAUCGAAUAUCCAGCAACAAAUGUGGGACCUAUUCAAUUAAAACAUCAUUACAAUAAACUUGGCCAGCUGAUUGAAUUGACUUUAGACGGCCGAAAAGACGCUGUCGUUCGCUUCACCUACCACGGAAGUGGCCAGUUGGCCAGCCAGUCCUUCCAACCCGGAAGCCAAAGUGAAUACAACCGGACGUUUCAUUACAAUUCGCCCGGCUUUCUAGAGCGAAUUUGCGAUCCUUACUUAACGGAAUCGAUAUCCUACACGGAAGACGGAUACGGGCAGAGCGGAUACGGUGAUGGAAUAGUCAUGAAAACGAAGUUUGAUGCUACGUGGUCACCUAACGCUGAUUGGAGGUGGUUUCAAAUUGCAGAUGGUUCGAAAUUAGGGUUGACGUCGGAUUCAUCCGCCCAGCUUUGCUUCAACGCCCUUGAACGUAACGGGUACAUUACCAAGACUGGCCGGCCGCUCAAAGAUUACUACUACCCUUUCAGUGCUGACGGGCAGGGCAAAAAUUGGAUGCCUUUAGUCUGCGGAGGACGAAACGGCCAACAACUAGCCAAAAUCUUGGCCCAAAAGCGGAUGCCCAAAAUCUACGGCCACCGUUACGCUUACGGUCAUCACCACGAACUCGUCAAAGCAAAAUAUUUCAGCGAAACGACUGAAAAGAUUGCCAUUCCAUUUCAGCCGGAUUCUCUAGCUAACCAAAGUGCCCUUACCAAACAACAGUCGAGAGACAUUUGGAAGAAAUUGGAUAACGAUGGAUUCAUACUAACCGAUGAACGCAACUCGGACUGGUUGACGGCAAUUGCCAAUCCUGCAAAAUCUUUGCUGCGAAGUGCCGAUUUGAAUUCUGGUCUCAAGUCGGUUGCAACUGUUCUGGAUGACGUGACACUUUACCAGGACCACAUGGAAAAAUUGAUCCUCAACCAUAUUGGACAAGGCAGAAAUAAAUUCAUGAAUUUCGAAGAGUUUCACAAAAUGUUUCUUCAAUGGAAAGGUAUGCAAGAUGGAUUACCAUUGGCCAAUGAGGAACGUUUCAAGCAGGUGGUUGGAAAAGUCCAUAAAUGGCUCGGCAAAACAAAAGACAACUCCGCUUGGUUAGAUCCAAAGUUGACCGCCAUUUUCCGUCCAUCCCACUAUUCUUCAUUUCUAACCGAUUUCAUCCGCAUCCUGUGCCAACGUUUCACCAACGGGUUGGGUCAACAUCCGUUCGACGUAGCUUCGUACGAAAUCGAUGCCAAUGGAAACCACCGGAAAUUUUACACGGGUUUUCAUCGCUACGAGUUUUCUUACGAUGACAAAAGGACCAACCAAAUUCGCUCCGUCAGAAUCGACGAGCCCGGCCAGCUAAAAACAGAAAAUGAAAUGAUUCACGACAGUCAGGGCAACGUCAUUCAAGCUCUUCACAAGGGCAUCCAGCGGAUAGAAUACAAUACCGCGUCGAAACGCACCACGGCCAUCCAUUUAACGGAUGGCCGAAUAGUUCGCUUUGCCUACGACGGCCACGGAGAAAGGACACUGAAGCAAGUAUUGGCAAAGGACGGACAGAUCAUUGCUGAAGUGCAUUACUUGCGAGAUGAAGACGGACGAGUCCUGUUCGACCAACGUACGACAUACUCUGCAGUGAUGGCGUUGCUUCCCGAGCUAAGAGACGCCGAAUCAAUGGCAGUGACCACUGCUUACAUUUACGGCCCUCGCGGACUCGUUGGUUUCUUACGUGACGGCGUCUUGCACAGCGUAUGGUCCGAUCACUCCGGUUCAAUUCGGCUUGUCCUGAGAGACGGCCAAGUCGUUUCCGCUUACGAUUAUCUUCCGUACGGACAACUGAUGCGCGUCUACGGAAGCGAUCCGGCUGCCGCAAUUGCCUAUCGCUACACUGGGAAAGAAUGGGACGAAGAGACGGGUCUUUACAAUUAUCACGCACGACUCUACGACCCGGAUAUUGGCCGUUUCUAUCAACCGGAUCCCCGCGCACAAUAUUUCAGCCCGUACAAAUACGUGGGCAAUUCGCCACUUUCGCUAGUAGAUCCGGACGGAGAAUUCGGCUUUCUGCUGGCAUUUUUCAUAGGUGUUUUUGCGGUAGGCGGUGCUUAUCUGGGCGGAGCGGCUGCCAAUGACAACUGGAAUCCAGCCAAAUGGAAUUACAGAAGUGGUGCAACUUGGCUGGGCAUCAUAGGUGGUGGAAUCGCUGGUGGCUUCACACCUAUUACUGCUCCCGCAGCUGUUGCCGCCAUAGGACUUCCGGCAACCUUUGCAGCCGCUACUGCAACGGCUUACGUCUCCGCAGCUGCGGCUAAUGGCGAAUGGGAUCCAACCAAGUGGGACUUUGACAGGCCGGGAACGUAUAACGCUAUUUUCCAGGGAGCCAGUACUGCCUUCGACAUCAUUAAGGGAGCCAGCAUAGCCAAUCAAUUCGCCAACAAGAUUGGAAGGUCGGUCAAGUCGUUGAUUCUAACUAGAACAUACGGCACCGCUGCGGGAACCAGAAUAGCCCAUCAAUUCGCCAACAAGAUUGGAAUGUUGGCCAAGUCGUUGAUUCUAACUGGAACAUACGGCACCGCUGCAAGCAUGGCUUACAGUCAAGGCGUAUUGGCCAAUGACGGGCAAUUGAAUCCAUUCAAAUGGGAUUUUAGUAACCCUGCCACUUUGAGCGCUAUGCUCGAUGGCAUAAAUAUUGGAAUCGACUUGCCCACCGAUUUGGCUCAAAUAAGCCAAGGAAUUUACAAACUGGCCAAAAAGAGUCCGAAACAAUUGGAUGCCAUUCUUUCUAUGUUAAGUCAUUUAGAUCGGAAGCAAUUAAUACCUUUAUUUGCGAAAGCAGCAAAAGGUCCUCUAGGAAAAGCAGCUGCUGGGGCCCUGACCGCGUAUCUCAUGAACAGUUUGAGGAACGGAAAUUUCGAUCCCAGCGGAUGGGACGGCUCUUCGUUUUCCACUUACGAAGGAUUCUUCAACGGCCUGAAUUUGGGAGUGAGCGCUCGCAACAUGUUGAAAGCGGGAUGGAAACGAGUUGGCGGUAAACUUGGAAAAAAAAGCGGCCAAAAAAUCAAAUUAACAGGAGCAAACAAAAAUUCAGCCAUUAAAAACGCACUUGACAGUAUCCGCCCAGGCCAGAUUCGGAAAUGGAUGAAAACUAAUUUGUUAGAACUUGAGAAAUUACCUAAAUUAAAGCUGGCCAACGAUGGAUUGAGUCUCCAAUUCUCGUCCAAGCAUUUAGACGGUAAAAUGAAGUUGAAGCUGGCUGAAAAUCAAAUUACAUCGAAUCGAUUAGCAGAAAUCGAGGCACCUACGAAUCAAAUAAGAAAAAGGCGGAGUGAAGUAUUCACCGACAGGGAGAUCGGGUCAAUGGGUUGUGGGAUGAAACGGGUCCGUCGCCGUAAACGAGGCAAUAAUUAUUCAACACCAUGCAAGACACGCCUUCCUGAUCCUGUAGCGCAGACGAAAUUAAAUGAUGACCCUAUUGCUUUCCUGAAAGAAACGCCAAUCAGCACCUCCUUGAUAGUGGACCCGACCUUUUCAGGUGAACGGAUUCAGCUAGCGAACGGAGACAAGUCUCAAUUCCAGUUGGUGCAAGCCUCGGAUAGCCCAGGUUAUCACUUGAGGGUUGGAUCGCCGUCUUCUAACGAUGCGAUGGCCGUUGAAGGCUAUUGGUUGACCACGAGGGAGAAAAUCCACGUCAACCCUCUGGGAGAGACACGGUUCAUCUUCACUCCAGAACUACAGGGAUGUUCCAUCUACGUCAAGUACGAUUACAACAACAUGGGAAUUAAAGGAAAACAUGAGCCCCAAAUGACAGUCUACCAUCAUUUCCGCAAACAUCCAGAAGUAAUUUCCAUGAAAGAUGGUCAAUUCGUUACGAAUCAAGGAACUCAGAUCCCUGAACUGACAGGCGCCAGACAGUUGUUUGACGCCAACGGAAACGUUUUAAACCUAGAUAAAGGUGAAAUCGCACCGACAGAAAAUAUUUACCGUAAGGAUGCCGGCGGCGAGCUGAAAUUAGUUAUGGAAAAAACCGUUCAAGAAAACCGCAAACUUAAACAGAUCGAGGACGAUUUGGCGUCAGAAUACGACAUUGCAAUACGUUACGAGGAUUACCUGGGACUGCCAAGCAAUUACCAAUAUGCAAUGGUGGAUAAAGGUUUGGGCGUUACGGUUUCCACGCCUAUUCUUUUCAGAGAUACUGUUGACAACCAAUGGUAUUUUGCCUCGCAAAAGAUCUGGUACCAAGAAUGGAACCCUAAUAUCAAACCCAAUUUCGAAAAUUUCAAGAUCUAUCCUGAAUUGCACGAGGAAAACUACGUUGACUUCCGUAAUCUAGCAGGUGAGAAGCUUAACUUUGGCGAAUACUUUUCGCAAUGGAGAAACAAUCUGAAAACAAAUGGCGUUUUCAUCAGACCGCUAAACUCAAUCCCGCGAUCACAAUCUGAAGCCGAUUCGCUUGGCCAGAGGACAUUUCCAACCCGAAAAGAUUUCAAAGACUACGUGCAGUCUGUGAAGGCAGACAUCGUUGGCAAUGGUAAGCCAGCAUCGAAUACAUGGCAGGAUCAGAUUGAGAAGCGAGUAGAUGUUCGCGAUUUAGAUGGUGUCCGUAACGGACGCUCCCGUCGUUCGCCCCUGACGGAAACAAGAAAUAUAACUUACACAUGUCAAAGGGAACUAGAUGGCAUUAAUCAUAACGAAAUCCAGUCAUUUUUUGAUUCAGCGCAAUAUGCAACUUCCAGCGCAUCUCGUCCUCGCAGUUGGGUCAACUUAUUAUCACUUUCUGCUGGUCGCCAAAUCAUCAAAUCCAUCACUUCGAUCGACUACAUCUUCGAAUUCCUUACGACAAAAACACUCGAUUCGACCGAAAACGAAUAUCAAAAUCAACACGCGAUUGAUUUAUCAUCGAAAUUAGACUCGGAUAAAACCGAUUAUCGCGACGUAACGAUAGGCAAUUGCGUUACCUUUUCCGAGGAUGCAGCCGUCGUUUGUUACGGACUUGACGGACAAACGCUGUUGUUUGCCCAGUCAGCCGAUCGUUCUCUUCCGCUGGAACAUGCUGAAGACACGUUCCGUCAAUGCCGACCAAUCGAGUGGAACGGCAAACCAUCUGUGACAUGUCGCGGUGAGAAAACCACCUUCAUCCACACCCCAUACGAAAGGAUUUCAGCAGCUGUCCACUUGUUCAACGCCGUUGAUGGUUGGUUACUAUUGGCUUACGCAGCUCCAGGAUUUUAUAGGGAAGUCGGCAAAUUUUUCAGCCACGUCAAAAACGUUUGGGCCGGAUCAGCCAGAGUCAUUAUCCCUAUUAGCAAAGAAUGUAAGGAAUCGUGGCAGAAACAGAUGCGACAAUUGGACCAACUUGUUGCCAAAUGUGAGAUUGAUCACGUGAAAUGGGCGCUGCCGCUGAUUGAAGAAACUCGGCAGCAAAUCGAAUCGUUGAUGGAUAAAACAAAAGUUGAGACAACGGACGAUGCGAGAGCAGUGAAGACGAUGACUGAAAGGCUAACGGCACUCGUAGAAGACGUUGGUGAACUGGUGGAAUGUGGCGCUGAAGAUGAAGUGUUUUACGAUUGCCUUGAAGAAUGCCCAGCUGCUGAAGAGCCUACGUUCAAUAAAAGUAAUAACAGCGCUGAAUCAAUUUCAGCUGGGUUGCAUCAUAUCACGCAUUAUUUCAAAGUUUUGGCUAAAAAUCCAGUAUGACAAAUUAAUUUUUUAAAAUCUGGAGAUGGGGGGUUAGACAAUUAAAAAACAUUGCAUGCGUUGAAUUAGAAAAACAACCAAUGGGUAUCUAGUUCAGGGUUUAAGGCACCCACAACUUUACUACGUUUUACUCUGUACUUUGUCAGGGUUUACUAAAAACAAAGUGGUUAACGGCAAAAUAAAGACUUUAAAAACGAAA